UGUUAUAUAUCUGCGCGUGCCUUAUACUCGACCGGAACUUUCUUUCCCGGGUCAGAUGUCGAGAUAUUGACUACCGUUGCCUGGUUAUUUGGAUUUAUUGCGUCUGUCGCGAAUAAAUUACAGCGAGGAUGCGUAUCGAGGCAGCUCCGAGUGGAAGAACCGUGUGGUCUGAAUAACUCGUGGUUCGACGGACGCGCACACGGACUGCUCAUCGUCCUUUGUAUUGUCCGUAGUCACAAAAGCCGCACUCCUAUAGCUGCUCGUCGCGCCUAUAUCGCAUAGAAGCGAGUGACCGUUGAAACGUGUAAGGUAUAAUCAUUAGACCGCCCACACACGCGCUCAACCGAGCAUCUGCCUGCCUUCGUUUCCUUUUCUUCUUUGUUUUUAGAAGUGAAAAGAAAAAUCGGCCGCCAAGAUGAUGAUCAGAGCGCAACCGACGCAAGACGAGUACGAGCUCGAGACGAUGGCAGAAUCGGAGCUGUUGCGUCUCAAAAGGCAGUACCGAAUCAUGGAGAACGACCGAGUCGCUUACGCCGAGGAGGCGAAGAAUCAGCUGAGAAACCAACGGAACUUGAUCGAGAGGUUGGAGCACGAGAAAGCCGAACUGGUGUUGGCCAUCAAAGCGGCCAAAUCGCCGAAUAAUACGAGGAAGGACGAGGCAAUGAGCACGGAGAUGAGGAGACUGUUGGAGAAGAGGGCCAAGUUUGUGGAGCAGAUACAGAAGGAGCGCCAGCAGAUCGACGAGCUGCAAGAGCAGAUCAUCAAGAUCUCGAAAGAUGUCGACGGGCUAAAGCUGAGAGUUCGCACGGAUCACCAGCUCAAGGAGACCACGUCGAAACACGAGCGCCUGAUAAGCAUCCUGGAGAAUCGUCUCGAAGUGGCGACGAGGCGCUUCAACGUACUGGCGAUGGACAACGCCAAGCUGCGAAUGGAGAUCGACAGUUUGCUCAAGGAGCGCGCCCAGUUCAACGCGCUCUGGAUGCGGCUGAACGGCCAGCUGAGCGCCGGCAAGCAAGUGAUCAACGACCUGAUCGAGCAAGCGACGAUCACCUUCAACCAGCGCGACGAGGAGAUCAACAAAAUUAACGCGCUCAAAGAGAGGGGCACCCGAGACUUGAAGAACCACACAUCGGAGAUGUGCGAGCUGCAGCGCACCAUCGACAACGAGAUGAAGCUCCAGGAGUUUCUGGGCGUGAAGGGCCAGUACCGCGAGAUGAGCGAUCUCAACGCCAGGAAGGACGCCGAGAAGCAGGCCAAGCGUGCGGCGAUGCGCGACAAAAUUGACAAUUACAACCGCAUACUCAACCUCAUCAAACAGUUCACCGGGGAAGAGGAGAUCGACAAGCUCACGGCGCAGUUCCUCAAGCAGGAGGAGGAGAACUUUGCUCUGUUCAGCUACGUCAACGAGCUAAACGACGAGCUGGAGGGACUGCAGUCUCGCGUGGCGCAGCUCAAAUCGGCGAUCGACGAGGCUCGGGCUUUGAACGUGCACCGAGGCCAGAAGCAAACGGAAACGCUCGAGACCAUCGCCAAAGAGCUGCAGGAGCAAACUGAGCUCGCCGAUGCUGCCGAAAGCCAAUUGACCGAGUGCAACGACGUGAUUGAUAAACUGCUGAAAGGCGUGGAGAGCAUGUUCCACGCGAUUCGAUGCGAUAAUUCGCCGAUCUUGGAUUUACUUGGCGAGCAGCAGCAGGUGACGACUAACAACGUGAUGCUAUACUUGGGCAUCAUCGAGAAGCGUCUGGCGGAAAUGAUGCACAAAAUGCACUGGAUCGAUCGGACGCAGAAGGCGGAACUGCGCCUCGACGAGAACAGGAAGCCCAAGCUUCAGGUUCCCCAGCUCUCCAGUAUCGCCCCGACUCAGCCCUGCGCUCUAAUCAUUUCAGGAAAAUCGAACCAACAUAUACUAGAGUGACAAAAGAUCUAAACGUAAAGAAAAAAUUUAAAAAAAUGAAAAUAUUAUCCAAAAGUGCUUUGUCGCUUGAUCGCGUACGAUCGCGUGUGUAUAUAAUUUUCUUAAUACGUAAAGAUGCGUGGAGAAGGAAGAAAUGCAAGUUGUGGUAGAAGGUCUG